AUGAGCACCGUGUGCGCGCACAGAAGCAGACCGAGCAGACCCGUGUCCAAUGCAACCAUCAAGAACAAGAUGAAGAGGUCGACGGAGACCCUGAGGAAGAAAAAGGGGUCUACAAACAAGUCCUUCAAGUACAGCAAAAAUAAUACCGCGUACUGCGAGGGAAGCAGAAUUGCUAGCAAGAAAGGGAAGCAGGAGGAGGAGUCACUAAAGUGUAAGAGGUCAAAAUUGGGAGAAAGGGGAUUAACUAAGAGUAUGAAAAAAGGCAAAGAUGGCAACGCGCAUGACAAUUCGCAGGAGAGUCAGCACGAGAAUGUGCAUGCACAUCACGCAGAAAAACCAGACAAUAGUGAAAAUUUUAAAUUCUCCAGGAAGGGGUUCAUUUUAAGCUUUACAGGAAAUAUGCAGGACUUUUACAACCUCUCCGAAGAACCCCUAGGUAAGGGAACCUACGGAUCCGUUUACAAAGCGACAGACAAACUCCUCAAAAUUCAAAGAGCUGUGAAAGUGGUGUCCAAGAAAAAGUUAAAGAAUGUACACAGAUUCAGACAGGAAAUAGACAUCAUGAAAAAUUUAGAUCAUCCUAAUGUGAUAAAGUUGCUGGAAACGUUUGAAGAUAGCAAGCAGAUUUACUUGGUGAUGGAGUUAUGUACAGGUGGAGAGUUGUUUGAUCGAAUUGUAAAAAAAGGACCCUUCUCUGAAAUGUACACUUCCUUUAUCAUGAAACAGAUUUUUUCCGUUCUUAACUACCUGCACAUUAGGAAUAUAUGUCACCGAGAUGUGAAGCCGGAGAAUUUUUUAUUUUUCGAUAAGAGCCCAGAAUCGCUAAUCAAGGUGAUUGACUUUGGCUUGGCUUCCUACUUCAGUGACACGAACUCAGAGAUGAAGACGAAGGCUGGGACCCCCUACUACGUCGCGCCGGAGGUGCUAGGUGGCUGCUACGACUACAAGUGCGACUUGUGGUCUGCCGGCGUGCUGUUCUACAUCCUGCUGUGCGGGUACCCUCCCUUCUACGGCGAGAGCGACCACGAGAUACUCAUCAGGGUGAAAAGCGGUAAAUUCAACUUCAAGGGCAAGGAGUGGAGCGACGUGACGGAGGAGGCCAGAGACCUCAUCAAGCGCUGCCUAACCAUGGAUCCGCAAAAAAGGACAACUGCCAGUGAAGCCCUGAAGCAUCCCUGGUUCAAGAAGAAGCCGAGCAAUUUCAACUUAGAAUUUAAAAUGGACAUACAUGUACUGGAAAACUUCAAGAAUUAUGCCCUCAUGCUACGUUUUCAAAAGCUAGCCAUGACGAUUAUUGCUCAACAGAGUAACGACUACGACGUGCAGCAGCUGAAGGCGGCAUUUCUACACCUGGAUGAAGAAGGGAAGGGGAACAUAACAAAGGGGCAGCUGCGGAAGGGUUUGGAAAAGAGCAACUUGAUGUUGCCCCCGAAUUUUGACUUACUCCUGGACCAGAUAGACAGCGAUGGAAAUGGAAACAUUGAGUACACGGAAUUUUUGGCGGCUGCGAUUGACAGGAGACAGUUGUCCAAGAAGCUCAUUUACUGCGCCUUCCGCGUGUUCGAUGUGGACAACGACGGGGAGAUUACCACCGCGGAGCUAGCUCAUAUCCUUUUCAACGGAAACAGAAGAGGAAACAUCACAGAGAGAGACGUCAACCAAGUUAAGAAAAUGAUCAAUGAGGUGGACAAAAAUGGCGACGGCAAGAUCGACUUUUACGAGUUUUCCGAAAUGAUGAAGUUGAAGUUUUAG